AAAGGUGGCUCUUGCAGUAGUGGAACAAAGCCGCAGAACCCAAAGUCUUCUCCAGUAAAAAUGAAGCCAUCAGCCAUUUUGCUCCUCCUUGUCGAGAUCUUUCUCGUGCAGCAUGUUGCAGUUUUAUCUGUUCAACAGGAUUUCGACUUCUUCUACUUUGUACAACAGUGGCCAGGAUCUCAUCAAGAUACCGUUCAAGGUUGUUCGUCAAAACCAGGAAAAAUCAAAUCAGAUUUUGGUAUCCAUGGACUGUGGCCAAACUACGUAGAUGGCACUUACCCUACCUACUGUGAUUCCGAAAAUCCUUUCAACCCAACUUCUAUCUCAGACAUUGAAAAGAAGUUGCAAAAGAAUUGGCCAGUACUCGACUGCCCAAACAACGACGGGCUAAAAUUCUGGGGGCACGAAUGGGAUAAACACGGGACAUGUUCAGAAUCCAUUCUAGACCAAGAAGAAUAUUUCGAAAAGGCCUUAAAGCUGAAGAAGAAAAUCAAACUCCUGCACAUUCUUCAUAAACAAGGAAUCAAACCAGAUGGUGGAUUUUACAGUUCAUACCAAAUUAUGAAAGCUAUCGAAGAUGAAAUCGAGGUUACGCCGUUCAUUAGUUGCAAUGAUGAUGCAUCUGGGAACAGUCAGCUCUCCAAAGUCUACGUUUGUGUUGACAAGUUUGCCAAGAAGUUCAUCAAGUGUCCGGUGCUACCAAAGGGAAGCUGCAGCUCGUCCAAAAUCUACUUCCCUCGUUUUGGACACAUUGAUACUGUUGAAACUGGGGAUGAUGCACCUGAUGUUUAGGUUUCAUCUGUAUUUGUAUUUUACUUAUUAAUUGUUGGAUUUAUUUGGUGGAAAAAGAGUUGAAAUCCAAUCUUUAGAUCAUGUAUUAUUUUCGUUUCAAGAUUUGAUUUGAGUUUGUAAUGGUAAUGGUAAUCCAGCCAAAUUCCUUUUUGGCUUUUCUA